GUGUGCGCCGGCAGGGGAUCGAACCCUGGACUAUGUGUAUGGUCGGCGAGAGUCCUAACCACUGUGCCACCGACGCACCGACGCUCAAACUCAUUCAGUUUAGUGUUAAAUUCUGGACUGAUCUAUCUGCUUUACAUUAAAAUAUGGUGAAUCCCUGUGUGAUCAAUAAAGCAAACACGCCUAAUAUGCACAAUUCGAUCUUUGUACAUGGAAUAAGAAGCAAAGGUAUAUCUGAUCAAAAAAGAAGGAAAGUCUUAAACACUGAACAGAUUUUCAUUUUAAAGGCAGAACAAAAAGUCGUUCAGUUUGUGGAAAUUGGACUGAUCAUGCGGUUAAUUCAGUCAUGUGGUGAUAUCACACAGAAGAAGCGUAGAAACUGA